CGCAUAGUACAAAAGGGUUUAAAGAAAUGAUUCCAAAUCUUGAACACUUGCAUCAGGUUCUAUCUACUCGAGGAACGAAAAAUAAAUAAAACUAAAAUUUUGGUAGGAUACGUUGCGUUAGAACAGGGCAUAAAAAAUGUCAUUCGUCCACUAGACAAGCUUCCUAAAUUAUGGAUUAUAUGACGAGAAUUUGCAGUACUUGUGGUUUAUAUCCAAAUCCACAGAAUUGUGGAUGGAAAACCCUGGGGUUUUUUGCUUAUGCCGAAAUUUAAGCACAGAUAUUCAUCAUGGAAGUUUAACAAGAAUCUGUAGAACAUUGAAGUUCUAGGAGAAUAGAUUUAAAUUUUACUUUAUUUUCUUCAGAAGGUGAAGCAUCGAAAUAGUAGGACAAAAAUUUAUGCAGCAGAAGCAUCCAUCGGUAUAAGAGAAGCUGAUGUGUACUCAGGGUGUAUAUCAGAUUCAGGGUAUUGCAAAUCACCAAGUAUUUUGUCCAUUUUCACCAUCUACAGGUAGCAAGGAAUGGACUUUACAUCAUAUAGUUGGCCAAUUUGCCACUUUCUUAUAUAACCAAAAGGUAAGUGUGAUUAUAUGGUAACUUCCUUCAAAUGGGUCAUGAAGUGUGUUCUUUGAAACUCAGCACCUGCACCACUACAUUGGUGUGCACAAAACCCAUCAUAAAUAGUGCAUCAUGUCGGAUUUGUUCCAUUUCAAAUGAAUUGGGGCCCAAAUGUAAUCGCUCUCGAGGUUUGAAACCAAUUACUCAGUUGGAUUCAUCUGGUUUGCUACUACCAAUGAUAAAGGAAUAUGGGCAUUGUUUGAAUUAUGGCAAAAUGAGUUGUUCCCAGGUAAAAGCUUCUAUAGGCCAUGGACAAAUAAAAACUAAAGAAAUUAGAUAUGGUUUUUAUGAAGUCAUUGAUCAGUUGGAGCACAUGGCACGAGAGCCUGCAGAUAUACUCGAUGAACUACAGAAGGAUUUGUCUACUCGGGACUUGCAGUUGGUGUUGGUUUACUUUUCCCAGGAAGGAAGAGAUUCUUGGUGUGUCCUUGAGGUUUUUGAUUGGAUGCGGAAAGUUGAUAGGGUGGAUGAUGAGACCAUGGAUCUGAUGCUUUCAAUCAUGUCAAGUUGGUUGGCUAAACUAGUAGAAGAAGAACAUUCAGUUGAGGAAGUCCAGAUCCUCUUGACAGAAAUGAAAUGUGUUGGUUUGGUACUAAACUAUGACAUGGUUGAGACAUUGAUUUCAUUGUAUUGGGAUAGAGGUAAAAGGUUAGAGGCUUCCCGAUUCGUGAAGUAUUUGCUAGAAUUUGGUGCGGCUGUGGUGGAAGAUGAAAAGGAUAAAGACCCAACUGCUUAUCUUAUGUGGAAAAUGUCAAAGGGUGGAGAACAUCGAGAAGUUGUAAACCUGAUUUUUGAUCUCAGGAAUUGUGACUUGAAACCCAAGAUAGACAGCUACCUCACUGCACUAAUGGCAGUUGUAAUGGAGCAAAAUCAAUUUACAAGGGCUCUCCAUGAACUCGAAGUCUUUCAGAGAAAAGGAAAGGUAGGUGAACUUGAAAAAGGGGAGAUAGAAGCCUUUGAUUCAUAUCAAAGAGAUCUUCACAAAGAGGGAGAACAGAUUGCCAAGUGGGCGAUUGAAGAAAACAUGCCAGAAAUUAUGGGACAAAUUCAUGAGCGGUUAGCUGCCAUGUACAUGGUUGCAGUUAGAAGUGCAAAAGCUGAGCAUCAUUUGUGGCAAAUGAAGCUUGCUGGUCGGGAGCCUACAAUAGAGAUGUAUGAUGCUGUUUUAGCUGUAUGUGCUGUGGAGAAAAAUUUGCAAGCAGUGGGAAGAAUAAUGGCUGGAAUGGAAGUAGCUGGGAAAAUACCUGGCAAGAAAACUUUUUCAUGGCUAGUGCGUGGGUAUGUUAAAGGUGGGCAUUUUGAAGAGGCUGCAAAAGCAUUGAUGGACAUGAUUAAGAAAGGGCUACAUCCUGCCAAUUUGGAAACAAUGGUGGUGCUUAAGGGCUUGCAGAAAAAUCAUUUACAGAAUGGUUAUACUGAACCCUACCUUAACCUUUGCAAGAGUCUCUAUACUGCAGGUUUGAGUGGCCCCUGUCUCAUAUACUUGUAUAUAGGUAAACUAUGCAUUAUAAGAAUAUUGUGAAUCAGAGAACUAGAAAAUGGGAGUGCUCGCUUUUGCUGAUAUUUUUGUUCCAUGUGUAUUUUGAUUGUAUUUAAUUGAAAUGCAGUGUGUGGGUGUGAAAGCUGUCCUCCAUUGCUUUAUGUAUUAUAGAAUUUUCCUGGUAAUAUAUUGCACGGGAAAUAUGUUUUUCUGAAGGCAGAAAAAGUACACUUAAAUUUGUAUUCUUUGAGUAUUAAUACAUAAAUGUCUCCAUGUUUGUACUGUUUAA